ACGCACAGUUGGUUUCUGAUAAAGCAGUACGACAUCAUACCGUCUAAAUUCGGUUUUUGAGACAGCAACGGUUUUCAUUCUCCGAACCCGCGUUGGAUUUCAACAAACUAUUCAUAAUUGAAAGGAGAGCGGUUUACUAAAAACCCUAAUUCUUGCUCAGCAAUUCAACUCCUGGAAAUAAUCCUUCACAGUAGGUUCCUUCGCUGUAAUCUGAUAUUCUGUGGUUACAGCAUUUUUGAAGCUUCGCGUUUUUACUUUUAAAUGGCUCAGUCAGGCGAAGCUCAACAGUCAGAGCAAGUUUGCAAUUUCUUUAGAAAGCCAUCAAAGAAUAAGAACAUUAGAAAAAGAACUACGGAUGAAGAGGAAGAGGAAGAUUCAAAAACGGAGAGUUCAGUGUUACAGAACCUCAAAAAGGCACCCAAGUCUGAUGGGAAGCUAUUUUUUUCAACUGGGUCCUCUAAGAGCGUUAGGUCCACUGAAUCAAAUGCAGAAACUGAUAAGCGAAUAUUUCAGUUUGAGUCUUCAAAGGAAAUUCAAGUACAGCACGACAGCAAAGCAACAGCAACUCUUGAAACUGAGACUGAGUUCUCAAGAGACUCUCGUGCUCUUCGUGAGAAAGUCCUUAAGCGAUCAGAGGAGGCUUUGAAGGGAAAAGGUUCAGGUGAUGAGAAAUUGUAUAAAGGGAUUCAUGGAUAUGUUGAUCACAAGGCUGGCUUCCGAAGAGAGCAUACUAUUUCAAGUGAGAAAGCUGGGGGUUCGCAUGGCCCUCUUAGAGCUUCUGCUCAUAUAAGGGUAUCUGCAAGGUUUGAUUAUCAGCCAGACAUAUGCAAAGAUUACAAAGAGACUGGUUACUGUGGGUAUGGUGAUUCAUGUAAGUUUAUGCAUGAUCGAGGGGAUUACAAGUCUGGGUGGCAGAUGGAAAAGGAGUGGGAGGAAGCAGAGAAGGCAAGGAAGAGAAAUUUGGCUAUGGGAGGGAAUGAUGCGGAUGAAGGUGACGAAGUUCCAAGUGAUGAAGAUGAUGAUGACGCGUUGCCCUUUGCUUGUUUCAUUUGUAGACAGCCUUUUGUGGAUCCUGUUAUGACUAAAUGCAAGCACUACUUCUGUGAGCAUUGUGCUUUAAAGCAUCAUGCAAAGAACAAGAAGUGCUUCGUAUGCAACCAACCAACACUUGGCAUUUUUAAUACAGCUCAUGAGAUACGCAAAAGGAUGGCUGAAGAGGGUAGAAAAUAAUCUCAUAAACUUCUUUGCCUUUUGGUCCUGUGGACUGUAAAUCCUUCUUCAAUGUCAAUGAUUUACACGUAUCUUUGGGCAGAUGUGGAAUUACUGGGUCAGGUUUCGAGCUACCUCCUUUGGGUGAUUGUUUAAGUGCCCAUGCUUGAUACUUUCUCUUCCCUCUUGGUGGAUGAUUAAUAAUAGUUGACGAUGAUCCUAUAUUGUUUACAUUGGGUAUCGUCAAUUUGUAGUAUUUUUCCCAAGGAUUUAACAUGAUUUAAACUCCAGAAACAAAGUAGUAUGGCCAUCCUCUGAAG